AUGGCGAAACGUUUACCGCCGAGUGCCCAAGCUGCAUGUGCGCACAUGCCCAAACUGAAAGAUGUGUGUACGCACAAAUGUGGGCAUGCUCGGGCAUGUGCAGCAGAGACCCGAAGGAGGGGCAUCCCAACAUUGGCAGCGAGUCAAGAGGUAGCAACUGAUAAAGACAAUGGCAUCUUAUUAUACAAAGGAGACAAUGAUCCCCUGGCUUUAGAAUUGUAUCAAGGGCAUGUGAGACUUAUCUAUGACACAGUGAAUGCUCCACCUACAACUAUAUACAGACCAAUAUUUGUCAACUUGAGAUAUCCUACAGCAGCAAAAGAUAUUUAUAUAAAGCACAUACUAUUAAACUUCUGUUUAAUGCUUGUGCGCCUCAAAUUAACAUUGACCAUUUUCUAUUUUUCAAGUGGACUCUUCUGUGAAAAUCCACCACCCAUGGUUCUCCUCCAAACCAGUCCUUGUGAUUAUUAUGAAUGCCAAAAUGGAGCACAAUGUAUUGUUGUACAGCAGGAACCCGUCUGUCGUUGCCUGGCAGGUUUUGCUGGCCAGAAGUGUGAGAAGCUCAUUACCGUCAAUUUUGUUGGGAAGGAUUCCUACGUUGAGCUUCCACUAGCCAAAAUCCGUCCUCAAGCAAACAUCUCACUUCAAUGUGGAGACAGUAAAUGACGGUCAGUUCCAUAGUGUGGAGCUGGUGGUGUUGAACCAGACCUUGAAUUUGGUAGUAGAUAAAGGCACUCCCAAAAGCCUUGGCAAACUGCAGAAGCAACCCGUGGUUGGUCAAGACACUCCACUCUACAUUGGAGGAAUUCCCACAUCUACAGGUCUGUCUUCAUUGAGGCAGGGGACAGAGAGGACACCAAGUGGUUUUCAUGGGUGCAUUCAUGAUGUCCGAAUUAAUAAUGAGCUGCAGGAUUUCAAAGAACUACCACAUCAGUCAGUAGGAGUCCUUCCUGGUUGCAAAUCCUGUAACAUCUGUAAGCAUGGAAUUUGCCGCUCUCUUGAAAAGACAAGUGUGGUCUGUGAGUGCCAUCCAGGCUGGACAGGUUCACUGUGUGAUCAAGAACUUAACGAUCCCUGCCUUGGCAACAAGUGCCUUCAUGGAAAGUGCAUUGCCACCAACUCUGCUUAUACAUGCAGGUGUAUAGAAGGUUAUGCAGGUAUGCACUGUGAUCGAAAAAACGAUUCCUCCAGCUCGUGCAGAUUUUUAAAAUGUAACCACGGACAGUGUAAGAUCUCUGCACAAGGGGAACCCUACUGCGAAUGUGAUCCAAGCUACAGUGGAGAGCGUUGUGAUAGAGGUUGGUGUAUUUAUAAUAUAUGA